AUGGACCUGUCUCCCUCUACAUGGCGGCUUCUGGGCCUAUUCGUCUCCGCAAGCUACAUCGCCCUAGGCACCUUCAGCAUCAGCUGCCCUGCUCUUGCGGCGAAAUGUUUCGGCAUCUAUCCUGACGACAAUGACAACGACAACAGCACUGGGACUAGUACCUCUUCCAAUCCUACACGGGAAGCCGAUACGUCUGGCCAUAUUCCGCUGGCAACCGCCAGAGAAAAACAUGUCGCGGCCGUGUCCACGUCAAUGCUUCUUCUGGGCGGCCGAGACCUCAGCAUCGGCAUAGCACUGGCCUGGUUGGGGUUGGACAGGCAGCAGGACCCGCGGGCCAUGGGCGCCGUGAUCCUGAGUGGAUCUUUGUUGAGUGUGGUUGACGUCUAUGAGAUCUGGAGGCUGCGUGGGUCCGGAUGGGCUGCUUUGUUCGCGGCGGGUGCUGGAGUCUGGAUGGGUGUUGGGUAUGGAUUGAUUCAGUGA